AUGGCCUUGGGACCUGCUGCACUGUUCAUCUUGACUCUAUACAUCAAAGACCUGACCAUACAUGGUGCUGACACCUGCCCAGAAGUGAAGGUCCUGGAUCUGGAGGGCUCCAACAAGCUCGCCAUCCUUCGAGGCUGCCCUGGUAUUCCUGGAGAUCUAGGACCCAAGGGAGAAGCAGGUGCCAAAGGAGAUAGAGGGGAGAGUGGCCUCCCUGGACAUCCUGGGAAGGCAGGACCUACUGGACCCAAAGGAAACCAAGGAGAGAAGGGAGUAAAAGGAGAGAAAGGAGACACCGGGCCAUCUCAGUCCUGUGCUAAAGGACCUCGGGCCUGCAAAGAAUUGCUCACCCAAGGCUACUCUCUUACUGGCUGGUACACCAUCUACCUGCCAGACUGCAGGCCCCUCACUGUGCUGUGUGACAUGGACACGGAUGGUGGGGGCUGGACCGUCUUCCAGAGGAGGCUCGAUGGUUCUGUGGACUUCUUUCGGGACUGGGCCUCAUACAAGCGGGGCUUCGGCAGUCAGCUGGGGGAGUUCUGGCUGGGGAAUGACAACAUCCACGCUCUAACCACCCAGGGAACCAGGGAGCUGAGGGUGGAUCUCACAGACUUCGACGGCAAUCAUAACUUUGCCAAGUACCGCUCCUUCCAGCUCCAGGGAGAGGAGGAGAAAUACAAGCUUAUCCUAGGAGAGUUUGUCGGGGGUGGUGCUGGUGACUCCCUGACUCUCCACAACAACCAGGUCUUCUCCACCAAAGACCAAGACAACGACAAGGCUGCUUCCAGCUGUGCACUGACUUACCGUGGAGGCUGGUGGUACACAGAAUGUCACACUGCCAACCUGAAUGGCCUCUACCUUGGGGGUCCCCAUAAGAGCUAUGCGAAUGGUGUCAACUGGAAUACAUGGAGAGGGUACAACUACAGCUACAAGGUUUCUGAGAUGAAGAUGCGCCUCAUCUAG